AUGAGCCAAGUUACCGAAACGCUGGAUAAGUUCCAGCAUGCCCUGCAGCCAUACAUCAAAUCACGAGAACAGGUCAAUUAUAUCCGAAGAGUCCUUGCCGUUCAUCUAGGACAAUGCUCAGAAACAGGCACACUUAGACCACCGCUUUCACUCAUCAAAGAAUUUGAUGAAAAUGCGAAGCUGGCACCAGAGCUCGAUGAAACCUCCAAGGAGUAUUUCAAUGCCCUGGUAGAACACAGACUGGCACAGAAACGAUAUGCAGACACCAUCGCUACUGGUCAUCGCUUACAAGAGCAGCGGUCUUCACCGCCGAAUCAGGUAGCUAAGAGCGCUCUGGAGCGACAUAUUGCUAUUUUAAAACUUCAAGAAAAGAAGGAGAAUCUUGCGGCUAUUCACGAAUCAUGCAUAGAUCUCCUAGACAAGCCGGCAGCGGCGGAAGACUAUUUGGACAUGGAUAGCAUGUUUGAAGGAACAGCACAGUUGCCCAAAGUGCCCCAAGAAGUGCUCAAUACCAUUGUCAUAGAGCAGGUUCAAGCUCCAACAGAUAUCCAACAACAGAUUAAUAAUCUAGAGAAGAUUGUGCUCCGAGCCAAAUUACUUCUCAAGCAAGAAGAACAGCUAUUGCGGGAUGCCAAAUCCAAAACAACGCGAAUUCCACAGCCUGUCCGAGUAGAGGUCAAGUUUGAGGCACUCAAUACGACAAGGAACGAGCUUAUUACCUGGAUCGAAACAGAGCUUAGUAAAGCCUCUGCUGGCGAAGAUGAUGGCCAAGGCAACAGUGGCGAGAGGCUAGGGGCAAGUGGUAGCCUGGUUUCGAGGCAAUUCGACGCCAUCCAGGAAAAAUAUGCGCUAUACGUAUCCUCAAGAAAAGCGUUGCUGGAUAUGAUUUCGCAGGAAUCAGCAGUUGCAAGCCGCUCUCUAUCUACGGCGCCCUCGUCAUUGCCUCAGAGAACGACCGCCAACAACGCCGUCUCGUCGUCGGAUCACAUGUGCAUACCACAUAUCAAAGCUCUGCUGGAAGUGUCUCAACUACACAAGAAUAUUGUUUCCACAAAAUCGCAGGUCUCUGCAUCUCUUUCAAAGCAGUCAAAGCAAGUACACCAGUACUUCACCGACAUUGCUCAGCAGAGCGAACUUGUAUCAGACUCGUCAGGGAAGGAUAUCCGCCGGCGAUCAAGCAUCCGAGAUGAGACUGUCAAUACAGGCACUAGCCUUGAUUUGAAGACGAAAGUCAAGACUUGGGUAGAUGCUGCAGAUGAAGCAAAGAUUCACAGCCUGGAGCAUCUUGCCGAAAAUAUCGAGGCUGGUCAGAUAGCGCUUGAAGAGUCAUCACAAAUAGUAGAUACAAUACGACAGUUGACUGGACAGAGCCAGACUCAAGAUCCCGUCGACGAUACUAUUCUUGAUAGCAUAGAUGAGGACGAAACAUGGGUUGGUGCGGGAUUCGCAGACCAGCCACCGCGGACACCAAAGGACAAGAAGCUACCCAAGACAUACAGGCGAAACGACACAUGGUCGAAAAUACACGGUAAUCUUGGCUUACUAGGCUAUGAAUGA